AUGCCAGAAAACACGCACACCAACACCGGGCAAGCUGGCAACCCCAACCGGGCUGCAAGCAGCCGCUGCGGGGUCGCGCCGCGCGCUGAGGAGCGCCUGACGAGGCACUAUUUCUGCAUGGCAUUGAAUUGCAGCAGCAAAGGGACACUGGGAGCGGGGAGGCGGCAGGAUACGACGCUACCCCAGCAGCAAGGAAGGAGGAAACCGAAGCCAGCACGCGCGCUCGCUCGCGCGCAAAGGCCUGUGGGCCACGGAACGGAGGGAGGGGAGGUCAGAAUGCGGAGAGGAUUGUGGGUAGGAGGGGAGGGCAGGAAACGGCCUUCUUCCUUGGGGAGGGAGGUUUCCGGUUCCGGCCGGGCCUGUGUGAGUUGCAGCCUGGCAGUGCCCCCUCCACCCCCCACCCCAGUGGGACCAGAAACGCCCCCCGCGUCCGCUGGGGGCAAGGCGAGGGCCAGGGGGCUUCCCCCCAGCACCAAUCCUGCCGCACAAGGAGCAGCCCCUGCCGGGGGCGCGGAGGAGGCUGGGGCAGCGCCACACACCGGUGAGUGCGCCGUCCUGGAGCCAGCCCUGCUCGCCCCCCCCCGCUCGGCCGCAUAGGUUGGGCCCCGGGGCCUCCCCGCCAGCCCGGCCCCGCUCCCUCGCUUGGGUUAACUUCCGUCCCGUCCUAUGAUUCGCCGCCCCCCGCCCCGCCCGCUCGCCCGGCCACUGCGAACUCGGUUCGCCCCCUCCCGCCCAGUUCGCCUGCGCGACCCUCUCCCUCCGCCCCCUCCCUCUUCUCCUUCUGCAUCCAGUAG